CACAAAAAACAGGAGGGUAACAGCUCCUGUUGUAGCUAAAAGAUUUGGUGAGAUCAUCACUGCCAUGCCUUUUAUUAGGCCUAGACAUCUGAGGGCAUUAGUCAGGAAAGAAUUAGGAGUCUUCAUCACCAAUAAAGUAUGCAGAAAUGCUAGGGAUCUAGUGCUGAAAAAAAUUGAACAACAAUUUAAGGAGGAUUUUGGUGUGAUAAAUAAUUAUGCAAUGGAGUUGAAGGUAACAAAUCCUGGAUCUAAUGUGAUUGUUGAGUCUAAAAGGCAGCACCAAAAUGAAUUACCACUUUUCCAAAGAAUGUACAUAUGCUUGGCAGCUAUCAAAGAACUUCAUUGUUUAAUAAUGAUGUUAUCCAUCAUGAACCAACUUCAACAACAAAACAUGGUAAUAUUACUUCAGAUGUGGAGGUAAACCGACUUAUACAAAAUGCAGGAAAAUCAAAAGAUAAAGACAAGGUUGCCGCAUCUAGAGGAAAAAGGAAAACACAUGCAUCUAGUCAAAGUUCAUUCCAAAUUUUCAGAGGUGCCCAUAAUGGUGGAGUUGUCAUUGGAAGGGAAGCUCCUGAUUCUAGUACAUUUGUCACUGGCAAUGAACUAUUUAGGAUGAGAAAUAGAAGACUUGCAGAAGUUGGUGUUUCAGAAGUUGGUGUUUCAGAAUUAUCAACUCAACAUAGUAUUUCAGAUGUUAGCACUAAAAAAAAUCAUUGAAUUGUUACUAGGAUCAAUGACUGAAUGUAAUUUUUUGUUGGGAUUUUGUUUUGUGUAACA